AUGAACGGGUGGCAGAGGACGCUGAUGAAUCAGCAGGUUGGCAGCGCUGGGCUUGGCGUUGGCGGCUCCGGCGGGAUGCAGGAUGUGGUGGCCCUUGCCGCCGCGGCCGAUCCCCAGUUUGUGAGGCUGCGGGACAUGGCCCGAGAGAAGAUAUUCAAGUUUUUGGAAAGUUUGCCAUUGCUGCCUCCCUGGCGGCCGCGCCUCCGGGCGCUCGCGACGCGGCUCGAGGAGAUCUUGUUUAGAAAAUACCCAACCAAGGUGUUCCUCUCUCUUUCCUUCCUUUUUUUUGUAGCUUUGAUUUUCAGGCAACCAAGUCCAUUUAAUUCCGAGCAAGAUAUCAAAUACUAUUACCGUUUAAUUAAUCACGUGAGUUGUCGAUAUCUCUUAUUGUUUGGGCAGAUGGAGUACUAUAAAAUGACGAGGCGACCAAUGCCACAAGCGAUGGUGUUUGCUGUCAAGACCUACACGGCUCAGAACCGACAAUAUCGACAAAUUCAACAAUCGUUAAGGCAGAUUGCAUCUUCCCCUGGCUAUGGGGCGAUGAUUCCGACAUCCAGUAUCAUGCAAGGUGCAAGUGAAAAUUCUAGAAUGUCUUAUGUGACGGGCAAUGUUGGCCCUUUGACGUCUAGUGCAGAUAUGGUUCUGCAGAACGCCAACAUGGAUACCUCACUGCCAGAAGGAGCUUUUGAUGGGCACGUGAACACAAUGCUUUCUUUGGGGACAAACCCUACACCACAUGAUCUUUCUAGAGCGUCCAACAACAACAUUGUAACACCCAGACUGGAUACAAGCUUAAGUGAAGCCAACAGAUUCUCUCCCAAGGUGACGCAGGCACACCCGACGCCUAUCAAGAAUCUCCCAAGGGAACCAAAGUUCACCUGCCCAGUCUGCAUCAGUGAGUUGGUUGAUGCGUCGUCUACCAUCUGCGGCCACAUCUUCUGCAAGAAAUGCAUAGAGGCCUCCAUCCAAUUUCAGAAGAAGUGCCCUACUUGUCGUACGAGGCUGACCAUGAGAAAUUUCCACCGCAUCUACCUCCCGACGAUGGAUUGA